AAAGAAGAAGAAGAAGAAGAAAGAUUGGAGGGAAACCCCGUGGAUGGGUUUCAGACUGACGGACAUCAAAUCAGCUGUAUCUUGGUCCGCCGACAGCGCUGCUAUUUGUUAGACUUGUUACUCAGUGAGCAGUCAUGAGUGAGGCACUCCGGAAAGAACAGGUGCAAAAGGCCAAAUUGGCCGAGCAGGCUGAGCGUUAUGACGACAUGGCUGCUGCAAUGAAAGCUGUUACCGAGAGUAGCGAACAGCUGUCAAAUGAGGAGCGCAACUUGCUCUCAGUGGCCUACAAGAAUGUGGUGGGUGCCCGGAGAUCCUCAUGGCGUGUGGUGUCCAGCAUCGAGCAGAAGGCUGAAGGCUGCGAAAGGAAGCAGGCUUUGGCCAAAGAGUACCAGGAAAAAAUUGAGAAAGAACUGAAAGAAAUCUGCACAGAUGUACUGGAUCUCUUGGAGAAGCAUCUCAUUCCCAAAGCCGCUGCACCAGAAAGCAAAGUCUUCUAUUUGAAAAUGAAAGGAGAUUACUACCGCUACUUGGCUGAGGUGGCUUCAGGAGAAGAGAAGAAUUCCAUCAUUAAAGACUCACAGGCUGCCUACCAGAAAGCCUUUGAUAUCAGCAAAGAAGAAAUGCAGCCUACACACCCAAUCCGUCUUGGUCUGGCCCUCAAUUUCUCUGUUUUCUACUAUGAGAUUCUCAACUCACCUGAUCAGGCCUGUCAGCUGGCCAAAAGCGCUUUUGAUGAGGCCAUUGCAGAGCUUGAUACACUGAGUGAAGAUUCAUACAAAGACAGCACACUAAUCAUGCAGCUACUGAGAGACAACUUGACACUGUGGACCUCCGAAACCGAUGGUGCGGAACAGGGACCAGAGGAACCCGCAGAUUGAGCCAGACUGCCAUAUUCCCCUCUUCUCUGUCCCAGCUCAUCUUCAUCAUGAUCAUUAAAUCUGAGACCACCUCAUUAUUAUCAUUGUUCAGCUUGCCAUCUUUUUCACUUGAGCUCUCAACAUUUAUCUCCCUCUUACUGGUUUACUGUUUCUUCUUUUGUAUUAACUGUGGGGAAAGGGCAUGGGGAGAGAGUAUGUUUUUAAAUUGUGUGGUUGAAGGGAAAAUUGUUUUUGAGGUUGGUUGUCCAUCUGCUCGCCUUUUUUGUGUGUGGAGAAGCAAUAGGGGUGUUGUAUUAGGUGGUGGGUGAGAGGGUAUAUUCACAACUUGCAAAACAUGCAGCAGGUUGAGUUUUUAGUCAGCUAUACUGUACAUGUAUCAGUUCAUAUUAAUGAUCCUGUGCUUGAUUAAAACCAUCUUUUCAUGAUGCA